ACUGGUGGUUGCGUGAAGCGGUGGAGCGGAGGCACACAGGUUAAACAAGAGAAGCGGAUUUGAGACUUUUGAGUUGUUCUUCAGGUUUUACUUACUGAGAACUUUAUCAAAUCUUUAUCCGAAGAAUAAUCGUGAUGGCGAUCUCCAAAGUUAGAUUGAAGGCUUGGUUCGAUAAGAAAAUCACCGAACCUCUUGUCCAGAUCCUGCGCAGAGGUGCUGAGCCAAAGCAGCUGUCUUUCUCUGCGGCACUGGGCGUUACCAUUGGAGUAUUUCCAAUCUGUGGUGUUACGGUGUUGCUGUGUGGGGUAGCUAUUGCGUUGCUUGGAUCUCUUUGUCAUGCGCCAACUGUCAUGUUGUUUAACUUCAUUGCGACUCCUAUUGAACUAAGUCUUAUGGUGCCUUUCUUACGGCUUGGCGAAAAACUAACCGGUGGACCACAUUUUCCUCUAACCUCCGAUGCCCUAAAGAAAGUUUUCACAGGCCAAGCUUCCAGAGAAGUCUUUUUAAGCAUUGGUAAUGCGCUACUAGGGUGGCUCAUAGCGACUCCAUUUGUGAUCGUUGGACUGUACAUCCUGUUUCUACCAUGUUUCAAAAUCCUUGUCCGUAACUUCAGCUCUGUUUCUCCGACCGCAAAGUCACCCACCAGUAUGCACUCAGACUUCAAGUCAAAGGAAAGGGUCGCUUAAGUCAACAGAGACCAAGAACCUCACAUCUCCUCUACCGCUCUAUCAAUACUAAACACCAAGGUUCUUGGUUGUUUCCAAGAAUCUUGAGCUUGUGUCGUGCUAUGUUUAUGUGAUAUGUUGUCUAUAUGUGAAUCAAUUAUUAGACUAGAACUGAAAUAGCUUUAUAUUGAUGAUAUAGGUACACGAACAUGGGAUGUCUGCCCAUAUAAAAAUAAACCUUUAAACAUC